GUGGAACAUUCGAUAACCACGCGCCGGCGUUUCAACCGAAGUACGCCGCUGAAUCCGAGCGAUAUGAAGUAGACCGACUUGAAACAUAAGAAAAAUCUAACCUAUGGCUCCGUAUCGCAUACACAAUAUCAGAUUUUAUAAUCUUGAACCAAAAUCCGUGACUUGUUUAAGUCAUGAACCGAAAACGGAAAAAUUGGCUCUUGCGAGAAGCGACAAUACUAUUGAAAUCUGGAACGUCAGAUGUGCUCCGUUUGUUGAGUGCACUAUCGCUGGUCACGCCGAAAACUCGGUGGAAAGCAUACUCUGGAUCGGUACCAGACUGUUUUCGACUGGUCUCGAUGGUGCUGUGGUAGAGUAUGAUUUAACAACAUUAGGAAUCAAGUAUGAAAUCACUGUAAUAGGAGGUGCAGCCUGGUGCAUGGAUGUAAAUCAUGAGAACACGUAUUUGGCUGUGGGCACAGAAGAUGGAUAUAUUAACAUUUUUUCUGUGCAACAAGAUAAAUUAAUUCACAAUAGAAUAUUUGACAAACAAAUUGGAAGAAUUUUGUGUAUUAAAUGGGAUAAUACAGGCGAAAUGAUUUAUACCGGUUCCCCAGAUACUAUCAGAGUAUGGAAUGUUGUAUCUGGACACGCAAUACAUAAAAUGGUUACUACAAGAACUAAAGUUAGAAAAGCCACGAUAAUUUGGUGCCUUGCUGUCACCGAUGACAAUGUAAUCAUAUCUGGCGACUCUCAGGGGUUUCUGUGCUUCUGGGAUCCACAUAUGGGAGUACUGAUCGAAUCCCAUGAGAGUCAUACAGCCGAUAUAUUAUCCGUUACCUUGUCAUAUGAAAAGAAUAUGGUGUAUUGUGCGGGUGUGGACCCGGUUGUAAGAAGUUUCAGCAAGGUAGUUCUAAAAUCAAGCGGUAAGUCGCAAUGGGUAAAAGGAAUCGAAAGAAGAUUGCAUAUUCAUGAUGUCAGAGCUCUGGUGGAAGCGAACGGAAAGCUUUAUUCAGCUGGAGUAGACGGAUAUCUAGCGGUAUCGUCUUAUCCACCCAAAAAUCUAGUAAAAUAUCCUCCGUUACUUCAAUCGCCUUACGCCACAAUUUGUCCAAAAUCUCGAUGUAUAUUGUUACGGUACACCAAUUAUCUGGAAUUGUGGAGACUCGGUACAAUCACGAAAGAUCCUCCAGAAUUAAUAGGCAAUUCUAUGCUGCAUCAGUUGGAUGAAGAACCCAUAAAAUUACUUCAGUUAAAGACGAAGGGUGACGAAAGCAUCAUCUCCUACGCAAUCAACAAGAACUCCAAAACAAUCGCGUACUCAACUGACACUCACAUUAGAGUCUUUAAUUUUGAUGUGGUAGAAGGAGACGCUCAACUGACGCUCAGAAACGAUACCGAUUUAUCCAUGAACCGAAUACAGAAGAUGCUGUUCAGCACAAACGGCAAGUUAUUCGCCACUAUCAACAACGACGGAAAAGAGAACACUGUGACGCUGUUCAAGGUCUACAAAUUGAGUUUGAACUUGAUCGGCUCGUUCCAGACGACAAAAGAAUCCAUCAGAAACGUCAGUCUCGUGUGUUUCUCUCCAGACAACAGAUAUCUUGUACUCGCGGAUCGGGAGUCCAUAAUUGCUACGUAUUUUAUUGGAGAAGGUAUCACACCGGAAUCGAUCAAAGCAUGGAAAUUACCCAAAUACAGUUGUCCGCCGACAGCUAUGGCCGUGCAAAAGGACACGCUAAAUCUCGUCAUAGUGUAUUCCGAUCAUAAGAUUGUCGAAUAUAACAUACCAAAUAGACAGUACACAGAAUUUUCCAAGAAUUUCCUAAGUCGGCUGCCGAAACAAUGGUGGGCACGUCCGUUCCCGGUAACAAACAUCUUAUUCGAUCCUAGUAAUGAAAACAUUAUAAUCAUGCAAGACGAUUCAAGUAUAUACGUUAUCAACAAAACCGGCGAAGUGCCAGAAAAGGAAGCAAAGAUUCCGAAACGUGAAAAUGGAGAAGUUACAGAAGACAGCAACUCACUUUCAAGCUCACAAUCUCAGUUCGCAUUUCAAAUUGUCAAGAAGUACAAGCAUCUUGUCUAUUUGAAUUGGUUGAAUAACGAGGAGUUGGUUGCAAUUGAGGUGAAUCCAACCUCAUUGUCGGAGAAAUUGCCACCGACGCUAAAGCAAAAGGUCUUUGGUAUAUAAAUAUUAUGUAUAUAUAAUUGCAAACACGAGAUACUAG